CAGCAGGAAACAGAGCACAGGGAACCAACCAUUCGCAGCUCAUAUACAACUACAGCAGGACAAGCCAGCGUGAGCUGAGAAGGCACAAGCAAAUCCUUCUUUUAAAAAUCUCUGAACCAAAGGGAACAUGGCCGUGAAGGGAGGGACAAACUGCAUCAAAUACCUGUUGUUUGCAUUCAACUUUAUUUUCUGGCUUGCAGGGACAGCUGUGCUUGCUGUUGGCUUAUGGCUGCGCUUUGACUCCAAGACAAAAGCCAUCUUUGAAAUGGAUACAAACCCCACCACAUUCUACACAGGUGUCUACAUACUGAUUGGCGCUGGGGCUCUCAUGAUGGUCGUGGGGUUCCUGGGGUGCUGUGGUGCCAUUCAGGAGUCUCCCUGCAUGCUCGGCCUGUUCUUUACUUUCCUGCUCCUCAUUUUUGCCAUUGAAAUUGCAGCUGGAAUUUGGGGCUUUUCCAACAAAGACAAGGUUGUUGGUGAGGUAGAAGAAUUCUACAAAGAGACGUAUAAAAACUACAUCUUAACCAGUCAGCCAGCCUUGAAGGAAACCCUGAAGGCUUUUCAGCACGGCCUGAAUUGCUGUGGGAUUGGUGGGACUCUGGAGCCUCUUGUGAGAGAUACCUGCCCUGAAACAGAUGGCAUCCUUGCGACAUUAACUAUGCAGUCCUGUCCAGCUGCCAUUAACGAGGUGUUCAACUCCAAGCUUCAUAUCAUUGGAGGUGUUGGAAUCGGCAUCGCUGUCAUCAUGAUCUUUGGCAUGAUCUUCAGUAUGGUGCUGUGCUGUGCGAUCCGCAGGAACAGAGAGAUGGUGUAAACAUGUCUGCCUGUGUCAAUGCCUUGCUGUUUUGGACGGGACGUUUGUUCGUUUCGACUACAGAUCUGAAUAUAUAUUGUUAAGAUUUAACUCAAUUUUGUAAGCAAGCCUUUGUCUACUGUCAAACUAUCUUAUUUUGUAACUUUAUGGGUCUAUUUUUUAAUUGUGUGUUCUGUUUGGUGCGUGCAAGAUAUUUGCAUGUGUUUUUUUUUUUGUUUUUGUUUUGUUUUUUAGCUAAGAUUAAAUGUUUGAUUUGAGUAACUUAAAUACAAUGAUCAUUUUGAUUUUUAUGCAAGUAAAAAUUUUAAAGUUUAAUAUUUUUUAUAAGGGAAACAUUUGAUUUGUAGGAUCCAGGAAAAAAAAAACAUGCUUAACUUUCAAACUGCUGCUGGACUGUUAUUUUAGAACAUAUUAAAACAUAUGCAAACAUA